GGCGGCUGAAGUGGGGGGUGACCCGGGGGCCUUGUACCUCCGGUUUCUCGCAGUGACCCGGACCACUUUUUCUGGCUGCAUAUCUUAUUGAUCACAAUAUUUGUCACUUAAGAGCUCUUCGUGCAGUUAACAGAGGGACAUGGCUGUGAGAGCUUGUGGCUUGAUCAUCUUCAGGCGGCUGCAGUCAGCGCCAUCUUCUAAGGUCACUGACGGUAUUGAGUACCUCCUCCUUCAGACAUCCUAUGGGACCCACCACUGGACCCCACCCAAAGGCCAUGUGGACCCAGGAGAGGAUGACCUGCAGACAGCCUUCCGGGAAACGCAGGAGGAGGCUGGUCUCCAGGCCAGUCAGCUCACCCUCAUAGAGGGCUACAAGAAAGAACUGCAUUAUCCUGUCCGUGGCAAACCCAAGACCGUCAUUUACUGGCUGGCAGAAGUGAAGGACUUUAACACAGAAAUCAAGCUCUCAGAGGAGCACCAGGCUUUCCAGUGGCUGAAGCUGGAGGAUGCUUGUAAAUUUGCAGAAUAUGAGGACAUGCAGGCAACGCUGAAAGAAGCACAUCAGUUUCUCUGCUCCAAAGAAUGAAUACUUUUGGGAAGGAUAAGGGGAAUUUUUGAAAAAACAUGGCCUGCUUUUCCUUUUUUUUUUUUUUUUAAACCAGGGGAAGAACUAUAUCAUUGCAAAAAUGUAGAUUUCUUUUUUUUAAAUCUAAACGAAUUCAGUGGGGAUACUUGGAGCUUGAGAGAGCUUAUGCUUUUGUCUCCUCUAGCUGAUGCAAAAAAAGCAUGGUCUGAUUGAAGCAUGAGCCAGAGAUGUCUGAAUUGAAACCCAGAGCUAACAAAGACUUCCUUUGUCCCUGUCUCCUUUUCUGUUUCCUCUUUUUUUUUUUUUUUUCCCCUCAAAGGGCUGAGCAGACACAGGUCUUUUUGAAAAAUCAAACACUUGAUAUUUCUUGACUUGCUGAUGUAGAGCUGCAUAUGAGCAUAUGGAGAUUUUUAAUAACAAAAUGUUUACUGCAGAAGUUGCACCUUGCAUUUCAAAUGGGGAAGCUGUAGUUCUAUUCCCAGCUCCUCCGCUGAUGUGCUGUGAUAACUUGUCAAAUCAUUUCAGGUCUUGUUUGUUUGUAUCAUGACUUUGUGUACAUCACUGAUGUACUGUUAUGAAAACACUUCCCAUCCAAAGACUCUUAGUAAACAGUUGACAUACAGUA